CAAGUCUAAGAUUUCUCAAUAUUUUUCGCCUUACCUGUUGGCUGUGAGAAAUAUCAUGCAAUACAAUGGCAUCCGAUAGUGCAAGUUGAUCUACAUCAGGUCCACUCCAGCUAUAAUGUCGUUAAGUGAAACUUCAUACCCACUACAUAAAUAUUUUGCUGAUGAAACCUUCGAGACCAAAGAUGAUACGCCCACUUUUCAUUGGGCCUCCAUGAGAAUCACACAACAUAAAUGCUCGACAGUUGUUGAGCCAUUGUUAAUAUGGAGCUAGAAUAAAUGUUAAUGUUACUUACAAUUGAUGAUGUAGAUAUUUCUAAAUGUAAUAUGUACUCUGAUAGCCACUGAUGCACAGGUAAGUGAAAAAGGGAAGAGACUAUCAUGAACAUGCUAAAACAUAAUGUAUAUAAUGUAAAUGAAAUGGGGAUUUAUGUAGGAAGCUUUACUGAUUGGAAGCAACAUGAAAUGAAGAUAAGUUACAUGUUUAUCUCAUCACACUUAAUGGAUAUGGCACUUUUAGUCUGGUAAGAAAGUCAUCAUCUAUCGACGAGCGCAUUUAUCUAUCAAACGGAUGUGUAUAAGGCUGAUCACUAAGUCAUGUGAAUGCGGAGAGUGAUGUUACAUACGACGAUCCACUGAUAAUUCAAGAUGAUGACAAGAUCGGAAAUUUUAUAAGUCUAAAGACAAAAAACAGAAAAUUUUCGUCGCUGAAUUCUGUUUGCUCUUAUUCAAAAAAGUGUAUACCAGAGAUAUACAGCAGGUUCAGAUACGUGGUAUCCUAAACAUAAUCAUAUUCAUUCACAAUGAUAAACACAUACCACCAAUGACUCGUGCAAAGCUGUCACGAAAACACGUUUCAGUUUGUAAGAACACCAUUCAAAACACAGUGCUCAAAGAUUCUUCAGGUAGUGUAAAUGUAACUUGUGAGUGAUGUGAAUAGAGAAAUACAAAAAAAAUGACGAACAAUGUUUCACUUAAUCCGAAAACCGUAUAAUAGUAACAUUUGAUUUUAUCUCUCUAUUCCAUAACUUAAAAGCUAUUGUUUGAUAUACUAUUUACUCCCAUAGUCUUUUGCAUUAUAAAUUAUUGUAAUUUAAAGGUAACAUUUUCUACUUAAUUUUCUGAUGUCAUGCAUAGUUUCGACGAAAUUCUAAUAUUCCAUUUCAUUAUGCGUUAUGGUCACCCAUUCACACAUGUGUUUUAGAGUAAAUUUCAGUCAGGAAUGAAUCAAGUGGUGUUCCAGUCGGCUCGCUUUCUCUCUCUCUCUCCUACUUGCCAACCAAUGAGGUGAUACAAUGAUGUCCCUCUUUCUGACCACAAAACCGUUUAGACACAAAUCGGACUCACACAUCUCUACCCUCAAAGUUGAACUAGUUAGCUUAUCAUGUCAAAGCCUCAAACUAGAUCGAGACAAGUUUUCACCUGAACGUUAUUGUGCAGAUGGACCAAGGAAAUAACAGUGGGCAACAAUGUUGGUGUGUAUUGUAUCGCAUCAACAAUAGAUUAUGUCCAUCAAAAAAUAUACCUCUGAAACGACAUCUAUAAAACAUACUGGAAACACGGAAAAUUACUUUCGCGGCAAGUGACAAUGAAUGAAUUGGAUUGAAAACCCAUACCUUGACACCAUCGAAAUUCCUACACACCAAACACCGAAUAAGACAAACAAGCAAACUUCGCGUUCUGUCACUCAAUCCGUGAAUUGAUUUCACUAAAUGUUUCACUCAAUCGAAGUGACAUGACACUUUCUACCACCGAUCAAACAUCACAAUGUUGGUAACGAUUUGUUGAAGACUAGGAUUCAAUUGGUUGACCGACAAAUAGACAACUUCACAAACGUAUAAAUUCUAGUCCACAACUCACUGGAACAUCAGAAAUCACUGAACGUACAAAUGCAAAGAACAUUGGUGACAGUAUUGACUUUCGCCUUCGUUGUGAACUAUCUGGAUGUGGUGCACUGUGAUGGAGAUGGCGCACCCUCAGCUCCAGUCAAAUCACCUGAUCAGCAACCAGCUGCACCAGCCGCAUCGGAUUCACCUGCAGCACCAGCAGCGGCUUCAGCGAAACUAGAUUCGCCUGCCACCACCAAGUCAACCGCACGUCCGAAGCCACCGAAGAGAGCACAGAGACCAGCCUACCCAGCCAGAUCACCACCACGUGUUCGUAGUCCUCACGCUCCAACACAUCCGAGAAAAUACUAGCGUCCACCACAAGAUGGUAGAAAAUCGGUGCAGGUAUGAGGUGAACGCAGCCAAUGUGUUCAACGACAAUUCCCUCACUUUUACAUAUGUAACAAAUGACAACCGAAUAAAAUGUUAGGACUCAAACCUUGUCUUUUUUGCGUUAGCUGGCUUAUUUGCUUGCCUUUUCGUUUGAAGAUUGUGUUGAACAAUUUA